AUGACUGCGAGAAUCCAGCCCAGAAGUGCAGCAAUUUCAGCGUUCGAAGAAGAUAUACAGUUCUAUGUUUUGCCGAAGAUCACCCGUGAAUUGCUGAUAAGUCCAGUGAAAGUGAGCCGAUUGAAGAUCCCGACCGAUAUUGUGCUAGCAGAUCCUAGUUUCGGUGAACCUGGUCCCAUCGAUAUGAUUAUCGGAGCCGAGUUUGCUGCGGGAAGUAUGAAGCUCUCGGAUGAUGGUCCAACCCUACAAGAAACAGUCUUUGGCUGGAUCGUGUCCGGCCAUACAUCUCCAAUUCCUGAGAAUAACCCAGAAACAUCAACAUUCGUUUGUACAACGGUAGAUCUACAAGAACUUCUAGCGAGAUUCUGGGAACUAGAGACGUGUCACGUUAACAGCACAUUGUCCAUUGAGGAAACAGCGUGUGAAGAGUUGUUUAACAAAACGACGUCCAGAACGGUCCAGACGGUAGAUUCGUGGUAG